CAAUGGAACAACGUUUUAAAUUAAAUUUAAAGACAAUUUCAUAAAUAAAAGUGGGACUGUGAAUACCACUUUAUAAUCUCACUUAACAUAGAAACCGUGGACGUUACGUCAGUAGUAGUUAGUCAGCACUGUCGGCAAUUUCGACAGUACAUACAUAUUUUUUUAUUAUUCCAACACUUAAUUAGCAUUUCAACAAAAGAUACAUAGAUGACAAAUAUGGUAAUUUCACCUUAAGAUACAGAGAAUCGCAGGAAAAUUACAUUACUCGAGUGUUGGUGCUACAUUUGCACGUGUUAGAUGGUUAUCAACCUCAAGAUCUGUCACAGCAUCUAAAGACAUUAAAGAAACAACCAGUGCUCAAACGAAUAUGGAUGAUGUCCUUGUAAAAGAUGUUGGGGAUAAUGGUGUAAUAGUUUUAAACCGACCUAAGGCAUUGAAUGCCGUAAAUUUGUCAAUGGUUCAGAAAAUAUAUUCCAUCCUCAAACAGUGGGAAUCUUCGAAGAAACUUGUAAUAAUAGAAGGUGCAGGUGAUAAAGCGUUUUGUGCAGGUGGUGACGUCAAAUCGCUCGUUAUGGCACUGAACGAACCAAAAGGUGAACUUUUGGGAGAAGAGUUUUUUAGAAGGGAGUACACCUUAAAUUAUUUUAUUGGAACAUAUAAGAACCCUUAUAUCGCUAUUAUCAAUGGGAUAACAAUGGGAGGUGGUGUUGGAUUAUCUGUACACGGUAAAUACAGAAUUGCCACAGAGAAAACUCUCUUUGCUAUGCCGGAAACAGCGAUAGGAUUGUUUCCCGAUGUCGGGGCUACUUAUUUUUUAUCUAGAUUGAAAGGAAAAUUAGGUAUUUACCUGGGUCUGACAGGACACAGAUUGAAAGGGAUCGAUGUUCUUCUCGCUGGAAUCGCAACACAUUUUGUACCGUCGGAGAAACUUGUUGACUUGAAACGUGAUUUAUUAAUGUUGCGUGAUGUCGAUAUUGAGCCUGUUUUAAACAAAUAUCAACCGAAAUUAAAUCAUGAAUUCAGCUUGGCACCUCAUAUGUCGCAGAUAGAAAAUUGUUUUUCUGCUUCAUCCAUCGAAGAGAUAAUCGAGAGAUUAAAGAAAGACAAUUCAGAUUGGGCGCAAAAGAAUAUGAAAGUACUGCUUAAAAUGUCUCCAUCUUCUCUUAAAAUUACCAAAAAAGCAAUUGAUGAAGGAAAAGGAAAAUCUUUAGCAGAUUGUUUAAAGAUCGAAUAUAGAUUAGCUUGUACGGCCCUGAGCAGAGACGGUGAUUUCUAUGAAGGUGUCAGAGCUCUCUUGGUCGACAAAGAUCAGAAACCAGUAUGGAACCCGAGGUCCUUGGCCGAUGUAACGGAUGAAUAUGUAAAUAAACGAUUUGCAGUACUUCCCGCAGACAAAGAAUUGCAGUUAUACACCAGCAAAUUAUAGGAAUUAAGAGAAAGUUUUUAUGCAUUUUGACACAUAAUGUUAUGAAAACAAGUUCCUAAAAACUUUAUUUUUGUACUCUAAUUUUGUACAGAUUAAGAUUUAUAUUAAAACAUAGACACAAUUAACUUUUU